UGGGGAUUGACUGAACGAGUCAGCGCGCGCCUUCCCGGUUUUGUGCUCAUCAUGGCGUUAUGGGGGUUGCAACAGCUGUUCCUGUAUGCGUGCGAGAAGUACAGAAUUUAACUCUGAGAGGAAAUGUCCUGGAUGCUACAACAAACUAAUCAUAUGAUUGGACUUUAAAAGCAAUUACAAAGCGUUGGAAAGGAGAGGCUGCUAUUAUGGUUCUACUUUGUGUACGGGUGAAGAAAGCCAAGUUCAGUGGACCCCAGGAUAAAUUCCACUGUUACGUGAUCUUGAAGGUACAAAAUGUCAAAAGUACAACUAUCACUGUUCGUGGUCACCAGCCAUCCUGGGAGCAGGACUUCAUGUUUGAGAUAAGCCGAUUAGACCUUGGCUUAACUGUUGAAGUCUGGAACAAGGGAUUAAUCUGGGACUCAAUAGUGGGGACUGCUUGGAUCCCUCUCCAGGACAUCCGACAAUCCAAUGAGGAUGGCCCUGGACAAUGGGUCUCCCUUCAUGCUGAGGUACUGAUGAAUGAAGAUGAGAUUUGUGGCACCAGAAAUCCCACACAGCAUGAAAUAUUGCUGGACACACACUUUGAACUUCCUUUAGAUAUCCCAGAAGAAGAAGCUAGAUACUGGACCUUGAAAUUGGAGGAAGCAAACACAGAGAUUGGCAUUGAAAGGGAGGAGAUUCAAUUUCCUCUACAAUAUGGAACUGAAAAGAAUGCUUUACCAGCUGUGGCUUCCCAGUUCUCACUGGAAGAACAAGACAGUGCCGUGGAUGAUCGGGACAGUGAUUAUCGUAGUGAAACAAGCAAUAGCAUGCCUCCACACUUCAAUAUUGCAACCCACUCAAACUCCUCUACUCACCAAUAUCCUGUCUCUCCACGACUUCAACGCCAGGCUAAUUCUCGUGAGUCCUGCACAGAUUCCAUGCAAAGCUAUGAUAUGGAUUACAGGGAAAAAGGAGGAAUCAGCCCGGCAGGAAGCAGUCGGUAUGGCUCCUCUGGAAACCUUAGUCAAAGCAGUUCUCAGCUGAGUGAACCAGACCAAGGUGGUGUCCCGAAUAUGGAAACUGAUCAGGAUUAUAACUCCACUCACAUCCACCAAACCUCUGGUCAAGACUGGAUAGUUAAGAGAAGGAAGAGCUCUAGUGAACAACUCAACAUUAGUACUCUAACUGAAAGCAGCCCUGAAGACUCAUUGGAUAGGAAGUUAGAGGGGCAGAAAAACAGCCUUAUUGAAGUUGUGGGAUCCCUAAAUGUCUCUCCAUCAAGAGCCCAAUGGAUCACUGCCAUUAACAAAGUGAGAGUACAACUACAUGAGAGCCUCAAUGAUGGGCAUCCUAACAAACCUUCUUGGAUUAAAUGUGGGUCAGGUGCUGGUCUGUAUGGAAUUGACAGCAUGCCGGACCUGCGUAAAAGAAAGCCUAUCCCGCUGGUUAGCGACUUGUCACUGGUACAAUCAAGAAAAGCAGGAAUUUUAGCAACCCGAACAUCCCUCAAGGAUGAAGAUUUAAAGAGCCAUGUUUACAAGAAAACUCUUCAAGCACUAAUCUACCCCAUUUCCUGCACCACACCACACAAGUUUGAGAUAUGGACAGCCACAACACCUACCUACUGCUAUGAGUGUGAAGGUCUGCUGUGGGGAAUUGCCCGUCAGGGUAUGAGAUGCACAGAAUGUGGGGUCAAGUGUCAUGAGAAGUGCCAGGACCUUUUAAAUGCAGACUGCCUACAGCGUGCAGCUGAGAAGAGCUCCAAGCAUGGUGCAGAGGAUCGCACACAAAAUAUCAUCAUGGCUAUGAAGGACCGUAUGAAAAUUCGGGAGCGAAAUAAGCCUGAAAUAUUUGAUCUCAUUAGAGAUGUGUUUACCGUUGGAAAGGUGGCACAUGCUCAGCAGAUGAAGACAGUGAAGCAAAGUGUUUUGGAUGGCACCUCCAAGUGGUCUGCCAAGAUUACUAUCACUGUUGUGUCUGCACAGGGUCUUCAAGCCAAGGAUAAAACUGGAUCCAGUGACCCCUAUGUUACCGUGCAAGUGGGCAAAACAAAGAGGAGGACAAAAACUAUCUAUGGGAAUCUUAACCCUUUUUGGGAUGAGAAGUAUCAUUUUGAAUGCCACAAUUCUUCAGAUCGGAUCAAAGUUCGUGUGUGGGAUGAGGAUGAUGACAUCAAAUCUCGAGUAAAGCAGAGGCUGAAGCGCGAGUCUGAUGACUUCCUGGGUCAAACAAUCAUUGAAGUGCGAACAUUAAGCGGAGAAAUGGAUGUUUGGUACAAUCUUGAGAAGAGAACAGACAAGUCUGCUGUAUCAGGAGCUAUACGGUUGCAGAUUAGUGUAGAAAUAAAGGGUGAGGAGAAGGUGGCACCAUAUCAUAUACAAUACACCUGUUUGCAUGAGAACCUUUUCCAUUACCUGACAGACAUCCAGAGCAGUGGCUCUGUCAAAAUUCCUGAUUCCAAGGGUGAUGAUGCCUGGAAAGUUUAUUUUGACGAAGUUGGCCAAGAAAUUGUGGACGAAUUUGCAAUGCGUUAUGGAAUUGAGUCUAUUUAUCAAGCUAUGACGCACUUUGCUUGCUUGUCAUCAAAGUACAUGUGUCCUGGAGUACCUGCUGUCAUGAGCACUUUGCUUGCCAACAUUAAUGCAUACUAUGCUCACACUGCUGCUUCCACCAAUGUCUCUGCCUCUAACCGUUUUGCAGCUUCCAAUUUUGGGAAAGAGCGGUUUGUGAAGUUACUGGAUCAGCUGCAUAACUCUCUUCGCAUAGACCUCUCCAUGUAUCGGAACAAUUUCCCAGCAAGCAGCUCAGAAAGACUACAGGAUCUCAAAUCCACAGUGGAUCUGUUGACAAGCAUUACAUUCUUUCGCAUGAAAGUUCAGGAGCUGCAGAGUCCUCCACGAGCCAGCCAGGUGGUCAGGGACUGUGUCAAGGCCUGCCUUAAUUCUACUUAUGAGUACAUCUUCAACAAUUGCCAAGAUCUGUACAAUCGUGAAUAUCAAGCCCAUCCGCAAAAUAAGGCUGAUGAACCCCCAGAAGAGCAGGGUCCUAACAUCAAAAACCUAGACUUUUGGCCUAAAUUGAUCACUCUCAUAGUGUCAAUCAUUGAAGAAGAUAAAAACUGCUACACUCCUAUUCUUAGCCAAUUUCCUCAAGAGCUUAAUGUGGGGAAGAUUAGUGCAGAAGUGAUAUGGAAUCUUUUCUCUCAGGACAUGAAAUAUGCCAUGGAAGGUAAGUGUAAGACCAGCAACACAAACAUGAAAAAGCCUAGAUUAUGCAAGAGUGCUGAUUACAUGAAUCUGCACUUUAAGGUUAAGUGGCUGCACAAUGAAUAUGUAAAGGAUCUGCCAGCAGUGAGGGGUGUCAUCCCAGAUUAUCCUGUGUGGUUUGAACCAUUUGUGUUGCAGUGGCUAGAUGAGAAUGAAGAAGUUUCACUAGAAUUACAUGGAGCCUUGGAGCGAGACAAGAAGGAUGGGUUCCAACAGACUUCAGAGCAUGCCCUGUUCUCCUGCUCUGUAGUAGAUGUCUUCACGCAGCUUAACCAGAGUUAUGAGAUCAUUAGGAAGCUGGAAUGUCCUGACCCUACCAUCCUUGGAUAUUACAACAGGAGGUUUGCAAAGACUAUUGGAAAGGUUCUCAUUCAAUACGCCGACAUAAUCUCCAAGAGUUUUGAAUCCUACUGUGACAAGGAAAAGCUGCCUUGUAUUCUAAUGAACAAUAUUCAGCAGCUGAGAGUUCAGCUGGAGAAGAUGUUUGAGGCUAUGGGAGCAAAAGAGUUGGACCUUGAAGCUAGUGAUACCUUGAACGACCUUCAAGUGAAACUGAACAAUGUCCUAGAUGAACUCAGUACUGUAUUUGGGAACAGCUUCCAGAAUCAGAUUGAGGACUGUGUAAAACAAAUGAGUGACAUUCUAAGCCAGGUCAAAGGAACCAGCAAUGUACCAGCCAAUGCUCGCAAUUCAGUGGCAGCAGACGCUGAUAAUGUACUGCGGCCUUUGAUGGAUUUCUUGGAUGCAAAUUUGAUGUUGUUUGCAAAGGUGUGUGAGAAGACAGUGCUGAAGAGGGUGUUAAAAGAUCUUUGGAGGAUAGUAAUAAACACUCUGGAAAAAACUAUUGUCCUGCCUCCUUUCACAGAUGUUUCGGGAACACAGCUGAUCUUCUCAGCAGCAAAGGAACUGGGACAUCUCUCCAAAUUGAAGGAUCAUAUGGUAAGAGAUGAAGCCAAGAGCCUGACACCUAAGCAAUGCGCUGUUCUGGACCUGGCAUUAGACACAAUCAAGCAAUACUUUCAUGCUGGUGGGAAUGGGCUAAAGAAAACAUUUUUAGAGAAAAGCUCAGAGCUGCAGUCCUUACGCUAUGCACUUUCCCUUUACACUCAGACUACAGACACACUCAUCAAGACAUUUAUACAGACACAGACUUCACAAGGCUCAGGUGUAGAAGAUGCUGUUGGAGAGGUUUCCAUUCAGGUUGACCUGUUUACCCACCCAGGAACCGGUGAGCACAAAAUCACUGUAAAAGUUGUGGCUGCAAAUGACUUGAAAUGGCAGACGUCAGGAAUGUUUCGGCCUUUUGUUGAGGUGACCAUGAUUGGACCACACCUCAGCGAUAAGAAGCGCAAGUUUACUACAAAGUCCAAGAACAAUAACUGGGCUCCAAAGUACAAUGAAACCUUCCACUUCAUCCUAGGUAAUGAAGAUGGACCGGACUGUUACGAGCUACAGGUCUGUGUGAAGGACUACUGCUUUGCCAGGGAAGACCACGUGCUUGGAAUGUCAGUGAUGCAGCUAAGGGAUAUUGCAGACAAGGGCAGCUGUGCAUAUUGGUGCCCACUGGGACGUCGAAUCAAUAUGGAUGAGACUGGAAUGACAAUUCUACGGAUUCUGUCACAGCGCACUAAUGAUGAGGUGGCUCGUGAGUUUGUCAAACUCAAAUCAGAGUCACGUUCAAAUGAGGAAGGAAGCUGAGAGUACAAGUAUUCCUCCAGAUCCCAUAAAAUUUUUAUAACUCUGUUUCUUUUACAGGCAUAGCAGUUUGACUUUCCUUAGAUCUGGUCAAGGUGCCUUGCAUAUUUUCUUUGAAGUAGAAAUUAAAUUGGUUUUGGACUUGUAUUGUCUCCUCUCCCAAAUACCAAUGAGCAGACAUUCACCCUUGGUCAGUUUUGCUGAAGGGCCUCUGAUCUACCUCUGUCUGCACUUGGUGACAGGUGUUAUAUUUACAUUUGGUUGAAAAGCAGUUUUGCCUUGUUAUUAAACAGACCUUUAACGUCACUGGUAUCCAGACUAUCAGCAGGAUUCCAGAGUUGUCCCAGAGAUUAUAAUAAGUGUCCAUAGUGGAUAAAAACAGGUGCCACGUUACCUUUACAAAGCUGGCUUGGAACCUUAGGCUGGUAUUGGUAUUGUAAUGUCACUAUUUAUGUGCCAAUGCCUUAGAGCAGCAAUCUUUGAUAUCUGAAGAUAACAUUGCCAAGUAGGUGGACCUCUGAGUAUACAAACCUAUGGUUCAUUUGUCACAAAAGUAUUGUUGCUAUCUUCUUUUCUUAAGCUGUCUUUUACUUUUUCAGACUAUAGUCAACAGACACAAAAUGCUACUGUCUCAAACAAAUUCUGAAAGUUUCUUCAAUCAGAUAUUUGUGAUCCAUUAUCAUAGAUCAAAUAAAAAAAUUCUCUAGAAGUGUUGCCAGUAGAAAGGCAGUCAUUUCCAUUUCUAUGGUAGAUAUCAAAGUAACUAAUUCUAAUUAACUUUUUUUUGUUGGGCUCUCUCUUGGCAUCUGGGAAUGUUUCUGAAAGGUACUGAUGUCUUUGAUUUCACAGGCAUUGAUGUGGUUACAAUAUGUCAAAUGUUGACUUACAGACCAGUUAUUAACUAAAAUAUUUAAUCAUGACUAGAAUUCUGUGGUGACUUUGAAAUUUUUUUUUGUAUUUUCCAAAAGCCAUUGAUUUUGUUUCAUUUUAACUUCAAUGCUGGUGUGCCAAAUGUUGACAGUGAUUUUAUGUUGGCUGUUUAUUUUCCACUCACAAUAUAUGGUUUGGUGUGAGAUAAUUGCACUUGUCUGUUGCAGGAUGAUGAUAUUUAGUACAACUGCCAAAGAUGGUUCUAUAUAAGGCAGCAUGUCAGAAACACAGUGAGAGUUUACUAGUUAUUAUCUCCCCCAGCUAAUGCUGAAUGCAGAUUGCCAGUCUUGUUAAAUAGGUCCAAAGAUGUUAAUUGGAUUUUAAUGAUGUAUUGGUUUCAGACUGUUUAAGAUGUAGCAUACACUCCAGAGUUGUGUCUUUCUAGACCUGCAGAUGUUUAAGAAUCUUUUACUGGACUAAUUUUUAAAAAAGAGCAUUUCUUCUGGUUUACUAACAAUGGCAAUAAUCAUGAGAAGCUCCGCCAUCCUAUAAUAUUCUCCUGUCAUCAUUGAACAAAAUCUUUGAUUCUAGCAAAAAUGUCAAGGCCAUAAUAAACACAGGAGCCUGUAAUACCUCUUCCAUUAAGCCUUGUAAAUAUUUCUUUUUGGAGUGGGUAUUUGCAGAAUGGAAAAGAAUGUCACUUGCAAAUGCUCAGAUUUAUUGUAUUACCUUCUUUUAGAAAAUAUAGAAAAUGGCACAGUAGUCACAAGAAAGUGAUAUUUAUGUACCCAAAUUGUACCUGUGAAAUCCAGCCUGUGCACUCUAUUUUAAUAAACUUUAAAUGGAAAUCAA